AUGGCGCACGCGUCGGAAGCUGCAAAGGCGUAUCUCGAUGUCGCAGUGCAAAUGUGCCUGCCGAGUAACUACAUGAAGAACUUCAAGCUGGUACAAGGCGCACAAUCGAUGAACGACCUCGUCGCGACGACCUUGUAG